AUGGGCUCGACUGAGAAACGAGAUCGCUUCCAACCCACGUGGCACCGUCGCUGGGGGUAUUGCGGUGCCAUGAUAAACAAAAUGGCCACGACAAUGGCGGUUAAUUCUGCCAACAUGUUGGCUCUACACUUCCGUCGGCGACUGCACCAAUACGUCAGAUUUCGGUACGCGAAAGAAGGAAAGAUUCAACUGAGCUACAACAAAACCAAGAAACUUGUUGAUAGCUGCUAUCGUGUCCACGAAGUUCAGGCGUUUGACACAAAUGGCAAUCCAACAGCUACUACAACAAUGUGGGGUGCUUGGGAUAAAUGGCGAACUUUAGAACAGCGUGAGCUACGUGAGUGGCUCGGUAUGGAGCCUUGUCAGUGGACAAUUCGUGAGAAUCUAGGUUACUUUGUGACGAAGGUGUACGACAUGCUUUCGUGGAUGGAGGGUUUUGUGGAGAAACACCCAAAGACAAGAGGAGCUCAUCUCUACUCGUUACUACCACAAUCGAGCUCUUUCAUACCAUCUCACGUUACACUGAACGCGACGACUUUGUACGAGCACUUUUGUCGCAUUUACGAUGAUCCGGUGGCGAAAGAAUUCGUGAAUGGCGAUCUGGGACUGGAAUGCAAAACUAAGGCAGCUCGUACUACCUGGACACUGAAUCGAGAAGUUAUUCUCCGCAAGAUUUUCAACGUAACUGAGUUGGAGACCAGAACCGCAAGUUCGGUAACCAAGUCACCACGGAUGGCUAUGCAGCUUCGGAACUACUCCAGCGCGAAAUGCCUGCCACAGAACCCACAGACACCAAUACGGCUCCAAGGAAACGGAGGAAGACUAGCAAAAGUUGAUUAA